CUUAGUGCCACUAGACAAGCUUCGCAGACUAUGCAUCAACACGGAAAUGGCUACGUCAAUACAGCAAUUUUGCUUGAGUUCCUUAACGACACAACCCACUCUCAAGGAAUCCCAGAAAAACCCACCUGUCAAAAUCUCAAAAUUCCCUCGAAAUCCUAUCAAAACCCCUUCUCUCAAAGGUGUUUGCAAACAAGGAAACCUCGAAGAAGCUUUUUAGCACUUGGCCAUCUCUUCGUUAACCACAACCCAACUGAGGAUUGUUUAGAUGAAGCUUUUUCAUCGGUUCUUGAGCUUUGUGCAAGUGAAAAAGCAUUGUCACAUGGCCAACAAAUCCAUACCCAUAUCUUGAAAUCUAAUAAUACGUGUGAUUCACUGUUUUUGAACACUAAGCUUGUGUUUAUGUAUGGUAAAUGCUCGUCUUUAGUGGAUGCUGAGAAGGUGUUUGAUGGAUGUUUGACAGAACUAUUUUUACGUGGAAUGCCAUGAUUGGUGCUUAUGUGACAAAUGGGGAACCUUUAGGAGCACUGGAAUUGUAUCAAGAAAUGCGUUUUUCAGGAGUUUCGCUAGAUGCAUUCACCUUUCCUUGCAUUCUCAAGGCAUGUGGUGGUGGGCUCAAGGAUCUUAUUCGCGGGAGUGAAAUUCAUGGUCUAGCAAUCAAACUUGGGUUUAUAACCAAUGUGAUUGUUGUUAAUUCGCUUAUGGAUAUGUACUCGAAGUGUGAUGAUCUCAAUGCGGCUACGUUGCUACACAUAAUAGAGUGAACGAAAGAGAAGAUGUUGUAUCAUGGAAUUCAAUUAUAUCUGCUUAUGCUGCAAAUGGGAAGGCCAUAGAAGCUUUGAGGUUUUUCACAGAAAUGCAAAAGGCUGGUAUUCCCCCGAGCACAUAUACCUUUGUUGCUGCUCUUGAAGCCUGUGAGGAUUCAUCACUUGGUAAGCUUGGGAUGGAGAUUCAUGCAGCUAUUCUGAAAUCCACUCUCGGAUUUGACUUACACAUGGCCAAUGCUUUGGUUGUUAUGUACGCAAGAUGUGGUAAAAUGGGUGAAGCUGCAAUAAUAUUUGAUGGCAUGGAUGAGAGGGAUAAUAUAUCAUGGAACUCAAUGCUAUCAGGAUUUGUGCAAAAUGGUCUUUUUUAUGAUGCUCUGCAAUUCUUCCAUAAGAUACAUUAUGCAGGUCAAAGCCCUGACCAGGUUACAGUCAUAAGUAUGGUCAUUACCUCUGGUCGAUUGGGAAAUCUGUUAAAUGGAAAGGAAAUACAUGCUUAUGCUAUAAAAUAUGGAUUAGACUCUGAUUUGCAGGUUGGAAACACUUUAAUAUAUAUGUAUGCAAAGUGUUGUAAAAUGAACUAUAUGGACUCUGUUUUUGAUAGGAUGCAUUAUAAAGACUUCAUUUCUUGGACGACAAUUAUCAUGGGCCAUGCUCAGAACGAUUGUCAUUUAAGGGCCUUACAAUUGUUCCGGCAGGUACUGGUCAGAGGCCUGGAUGUUGAUGCAACAAUGAUUGGAAGUGCCCUGCUGGCUAGUAGCGGGUUGAAGUGCAUCUCACUUGUAAAAGAGAUUCAUGGUCAUGCUUUGAGAAGAGGUGUAUAUGAUCGUGUCUUACAAAAUUCAAUUGUUGAUGUUUAUGGAGAAUGUGAAAAUGUAGGUUAUGCAUCUCAUGUAUUUGAAUCUAUUGAAUUUAAAGAUGUUGUGUCUUGGACAAGCAUGAUGUCUUGUUAUGUCCAUAAUGGACUUGCAAAUGAGGCUCUUGACCUUUUCAUCUCUAUGACAGAAACAGCUGUUGAACCUGAUUCUGUUGCUUUAGUGAGUGCACUCUCUGCUGCCGCAGAUCUAUCUGCCUUAAGGAAAGGCAAAGAGAUUCAUGGGUUCUUGGUUAGAAAGGGCUUCAUUCUAGAGUGUCCCAUUGCAAGUUCUCUAGUGGAUAUGUAUGCCUCUUGUGGAACAAUAGAGAACUCAUAUAUGAUAUUUAAUUAUGUUGGAGACAAAGACUUAGUUUUAUGGACUAGCAUGAUAAAUGCAUGUGGAAGGCACGGCCAUGGUAAUGCAGCCCUAGAUAUAUUUAGACAGAUGGUGGGUGAAAAUGUUCGUCCUGAUCAUAUUACUUUCUUGGCACUUCUUUAUGCAUGUAGCCAUUCAGCACUGGUUGAUGAAGGCAGAAGAGUUUUUGAGAUAAUGAAGAAUGAAUAUAAGUUGGAGCCAUGGCCAGAACAUUAUGCCUGUCUGGUUGAUCUGCUUGGUCGGGCAAAUCACUUGGAAGAGGCUUUUGAGUUGGUGAAAAGCAUUGAAACAGAAGCUUCUGCAGCUGUCUGGUGCUCUCUCCUCAGUGGUUGUCGGGUUCAUUCUAACAAAGAAUUAGGAGAAUUUGCUAUACAGAAGCUUCUAGAAUUGGAUCCAGAGAAUCCGGGAAAUUAUGUACUGGUAUCUAAUGUAUUUGCUGCAACAGGUAGAUGGGAAGAUGUCGAAGAAGUGAGAACUAGGAUGAAGGGGAAAGGGUUGAGGAAGGAUCCUGCCUGUAGUUGGAUUGAGGUUGGUGACAAAAUUCAUACUUUCAUUGCAAGGGACAGGUCUCAUCCCCAAUGUGAUGAGAUAUACAAAAAGUUAGUUCAGAUUACUGAGCAAUUGGAGAGGGAGGGAGGCUACGUGGCUCAAACUAAGUAUGUUUUGCACAAUGUAGCUGAAAAAGAGAAAGUCAAGAUGCUUUAUGGCCACAGUGAAAGGCUGGCUAUUGCAUACGGCCUACUUGCGACAUCCGAGGGAACCCCAAUUCGGAUCACAAAGAACCUUCGUGUUUGUGGUGAUUGCCAUACUUUUAGCAAGCUGGUUUCAAAAUUCUUUGAACGCGAAAUUAUUGUGAGAGAUGCCAAUAGAUUUCAUCAUUUUCGUAGUGGAGUCUGUUCUUGCGGAGAUUUCUGGUGAUAAUUAGUAAUAUUGUUAAAAUUUUUUGGAGAUUGCUGAUGACAGUCAAAUAUUGAGGUGAAAUAUUGGGAUCACAAGGAAUUGGCUGGUGAUGACCGCCAGAGUCACUCAACAUAUUAAUAGGUUUGCUUUGGCAACAUUUACUUAUCAGAGCUUCUCAUUUAGUCUCCCAAACUGCCAUAUUCUCAGGCGGAGAACUGAAAUUAGUGCAUCAUCGUUACUUUCAAACCAGAUUUCUGUAGCCAAUUUGGACUCAACUCCUCCCUGACAUACUCAGAGACCUUCAGGAUUCGGGCGAUGCUUUCAUCUGUUAGAGCAAGUUUUGAAGAACUUAUUCAAUAAAGGGCUGACGGAAUAUGGUUAUCAAGAACUUUGCUGCAAAUUAUAUUUUACAAAACCGACAAUACAUCGCAGAAGCUACUGCAUGAGAGGAGGGUAAACAGAUUAUUCAGCUCCAAAAGUGUUCACUAGCUCGUGCAGUGUUGCUUCAAACAUUGAGAUCAACCUGUUAUGGACUUUGAAGGCGGUAAUAGCCUUACUUGCGCGAUUGAUCCCAGUGAGCAGUGGCUUAUACUGUUCAGCCUCGAGGAGAAGCAUUUGUAUACUUGGGAACUUUAAGGUUGUGAGACAUUGAGUUUUGUGCCUUAUGUUUCAAAUUUAAGGGGUGAAGAAAUGGAAAGAUAAACAAAGGUGAUUAAGUGGUCUGUCCAAGGUUCAUAAUGAUCAACUGUGUACUGUAAUAGCUAAUAUGGUUUGGAAUUUGAUUGUGAAAUGUGAACUGUACAGUCCUGAUGUUCACAUUAAGCUUCUUGUCAGAUAUAUUUCAAGUUCAAUGGUUGAAGGG